AAAAAUUAAAAAACACAUUACUUUAACCCCUUGUGCACACAACACACCCUCAGUUCCUCAUAUAAGCGUAUCUCUAACCCGCUGUGCACACUUUCUAAAGCCUCUGCCUCUGUGAUUCACCGUUCGCCUUCGACUCCUCUACGCCGGAGAUCUUCUUUACUCCCUAUUGUCGUUGCUUCUCCAAUUAGGACAUGGCUAAGACGUCCGUCGAUCUUCCUCCGAAGGGGGGUUUCAGUUUCGAUCUCUGCAGAAGGAAUGAUAUGCUUCAGAAGAAGGGUCUUAAGCCUCAGUCUUUUCUAAAGACAGGAACUACCAUAGUCGGUUUGAUUUUCCAGGAUGGUGUCAUUCUUGGAGCAGAUACAAGGGCCACUGAGGGACCCAUAGUUGCUGAUAAAAACUGUGAGAAAAUUCAUUAUAUGGCACCAAACAUAUAUUGCUGUGGAGCAGGCACUGCUGCUGAUACAGAGGCUGUAACUGACAUGGUUAGUUCACAGCUGCAAUUGCAUCGUUACCAUACUGGUCGAGAAUCAAGAGUUGUUACAGCACUGACCCUUCUAAAGAGACAUCUUUUCAAUUACCAAGGUCAUGUCUCAGCUGCAUUAGUGCUUGGUGGGGUUGAUGUCACUGGACCACAUUUGCACACGAUAUAUCCACAUGGAUCAACUGACACGCUCCCAUUUGCGACAAUGGGUUCUGGUUCCCUUGCUGCAAUGUCAGUAUUUGAGUCUAAAUUCAAGGAGGGCUUAACUAGGGACGAAGGAAUAAAGAUAGUAUGUGAGGCAAUACUUGCUGGUGUAUUUAAUGACUUGGGAAGUGGAAGUAAUGUUGAUGUUUGUGUAAUAACCAAGGGGAAGAAGGAGUAUCUUAGGAACCACAUGCAGCCAAAUCCUCGAACUUAUGUUAAUCCAAAGGGCUUUACCUUCUCGAAAAAGACUGAGGUUCUUGCAACAACGAUUACCCCCCUGAAGGAGAAGGUGGAAGUGAUUGAAGCAGGAGAUGCCAUGGAAGAGUAGUAUCAUUUACUAAAAUUAAAUGUCACUCUGGAUUGGUCUGGAACUUAGACUAACAGAAUGUUUUUCAUAUUUUAUAUCUCUACUUUUUUCGCGUUACUUUGACUUUGUAUUUUCCCAACAUUAUUUUCAUCAUACUUCAUCAUUUGAAACAGUUGGGUUGAAUGGUGAACGCACGUCUAUUAAACAAUGAAUUUGAUUAGCCGAUGCAAA